AUGGGUCUUGCUGUACUUGUUGGUGUGCCAAAUAAAGAUGAUGCUUUCAGAACUCAUCCAAUUAAUGUCCUAAACGAAAAGACUCUCAAGGGUACUUUCUUUGGCAACUACAAACCGCGUUCUGAUCUCCCAUCAGUGGUGGAGAUGUACAUGAACAAGGAACUUGAACUGGAGAAAUUUAUCACCCAUGAAGUACCUUUUGCUGAAAUCAACAAAGCCUUUGGAUAUAUGCUUAAAGGGGAGAGCCUGCGUUGCAUAAUCCGCAUGACUGCAUAG